UUAUAUCUCUCCUUCUUCGUCUUCUCCUCUUCAUCUCCAGCGAAUUCCUUGGUCUUCUCUUUCCUUUCCUUUCCUUUCUCCUUCCUUGUCCUGCGCCGCCUCGUGCACUGUACUUCUCCAAUUGGUGUUUGGUUGAUUGUUUUUAGGUCAAUCGGUGAGAGGAUGCGAGAGAGAUGGUUGGAGAAGUAAGAUCGAGUUUUUCUAUGCUUAAAGUUUGAUUCUUGGGGUUUGGUUUGGUUUGGUUUGGUUUGCUCAUGCUGCUGCUUGCUCAUUCUCCAGGCGCUCCAUAAUUUGUUUUAGUCAUCCUUGAAGACUCAAAGCUUAAGCGGUGGUUUAGACAUUGCUACUCGGUAAUGAUGUGUUUUUCUUUCCUAUUCAGAAAGGUCCAAGACUAAGCAGCAUCAAACUGUUGGGCGUAAUGAAGAUGUUCCUGGUAUUGAAAACGUGAGAAUGUACCCCUACAAGGAACUGAAAUAUGCAACAGGAGAUUUUAGCCCUGUCCACAAAGUUGGAGAGGGUGGCUAUGGUUCUGUCUACAAGGGAAGGCUUAAAGAUGGGAAAAAUGUUGCUAUAAAGGUCCUUUCGCCGGAGUCAGCGCAAGGAGUAAAAGAGUUCUUGACCGAGAUCACUGUGAUUUCCAAUAUAAUGCAUGAGAAUCUUGUUCAGUUGUAUGGCUGCUGUAUUGAAAAUGAUAAUAGGAUCCUUGUCUACAAUUAUCUUGAAAAUAAUAGCCUUGCACAGACUCUUCUAGGUAGCAGGCGAAGCAAUAUCCAGUUUGACUGGAGAACCCGGACAAAAAUUUGUAUUGGUGUUGCUCGUGGCCUUGCAUACCUUCAUGAGGAGGUCCGGCCACAUAUUGUUCAUCGAGAUAUCAAAGCCAGCAAUAUUCUACUUGAUAAGGAUCUUACUCCAAAGAUUUCCGAUUUUGGCUUAGCAAAGCUUCUUCCCCCAAAUACAACUCAUGUUAGUACUCGUGUUGCAGGAACAAUAGGGUACUUGGCUCCUGAGUACGCAAUACGCGGACAAGUAACAAGGAAGUCAGAUGUGUACAGCUUUGGCGUUCUUUUGUUAGAAAUAGUUAGUGGAAGAUGCAACACAAAUACAAGAUUGCCUUAUGAAGAUCAAUUUCUACUAGAGAGGUCCCCCGACAUCAUGCAUGGGAUUCUCGUCUUGCAGACGUGGAUGCACUAUGAGCAUGACGAAUUGUCAAAGAUCAUCGAUACUUCUCUUAAUGAUGAUUUGGAUGUCGAAGAGGCUUGUAGGUUUUUGAAGAUUGGCCUCCUGUGCACACAAGACGCCUCAAAACUCCGACCUUCGAUGUCCAAUGUUGUGAAAAUGCUAAAAGGCGAGAGAGACUUCAGUUCAGAGGUUAUCACAAAACCUGGUCUUAUAUCCGACUUCAUGGACCUCAAAAUUAAACACCACAAGAAGGAUGCUGAAGGUAACACAUCCUCGUCUUCUGGCAUGGAAACUUCACCAUUAUCUUCAGGACCAACUACUCGUCCAAGCAUGAGUUUUACUGCAAUAGCUGAGAGAGACUAAGGUAUGACCAAAAGUUCGAACAAGCGGCUUUAGCAAUCCAUCAUCUUGUAGAUACCAUGUAAUAUCAUUUCUUAAUCUGUUUUUCAGUAUUUAUUUCUCAUUGGCUUUCAUGUUUGUAGAAUGUAGACUUCUAUGCCUAUGCGAUGCAAUCUAGAAGAAAUCGCAAGCGAUAAAACUGCAUUGUUUGAUUUUUUUUAUAUAAAAAAAAUUUCUGAUUACCA